UCCCAGAGCUUUCCCUCCGACGAAGGAUGGCCGUUCGCCAAGUACCUGGGAGCGUGCGGGCGCAUGGUGGCCGUCAACUACGUGGGCGAGGAGCUGUGGAGCUUCUACAACGCGCCCUGGGAGAAGCGGGUGGACCUGGCGCGUCAGCUCAUGGACAUCGCCGAGCAGCUCACCAACAACGACUUCGACUUCGCCCUCUACCUGCUUGACGUCAGCUUCGACAACUUCGCCGUCGGCCCGCGCGACGGGAAGGUCAUCGUCGUCGACGCCGAGAACGUCCUGGUGGCGGAUAAGAGGCUGAUCAAGCAGAACAAGCCAGAAAACUACGACGUGUGGUACGAGAGUCGCUUCGAGGAGUGCGACAGGGAGGCCUGCCUCUCGUUCUCCAAGGACUCGCUUUGCUCCCGGGUCACCGUGGACCACAACUACUACGCCGUGUGCCAGAACCUGCUGUCGCGGUAUGCUACGUGGCGGGGCACCACCGGAGGCCUCCUCCACGACCCCCCUGCCCACAUAUCCAAAGACGGACAACUGGAGGCGCUGUUGGACGAGUGCACCAGACCUAAGAAGCGCUACGGCCGCUUCCAAGCCGCGAAGGAGCUGCGCGAAUACCUCACACAGCUAGCCGCCGCCUCCUCCUCCUCGGCCUCAGCCAGGUAAUAAAAGGAGUCGGCGUUAGCCCCGACGCACUGACAGACUGGAUCCUGAACUCUUUAUCCCCCGGACUCUUGAGAUCCUGGUUCUUGUACAUGAUGUCAUUCGCCCGCCCUUUUGUGCACUGGAACUGGAAGGUGUUCAUGGUCUUGCAUCAGGAAGUGUAAGACUCAAAACUUCAAAGCAAGAUUUGCUCAAGCUCUUGCUGUUCCCUGACUAUGAAAGAGGAGUGUGGCGCUAAGAGAUUCUGCUUAGAACCAGGAUGGAGAGGGGAUAGAGGUAACCUCUGCUCUCCCUGGGUGGGCUCCCAUCCUUAAGGGGGGGAGGGGAGAAAGGGCUCUGGUAAACGCAUCACUCACUGGACCCGGGCUAAAGCUAACCAGAGCAUCCAUGCAACAACGAGGCACAGCCCUGACCACAUCCAUCCUCCUGUUUAGUCUCCGAUCUGUGAACUGUUGUGUUUCAUGACAUUGACUCUUGAAUACCUGUCUCAUUUUAGCCCCCAGGGGGUCUUGUUUUUUCUUUUUUUGAAAAUUCUUUUCAGGGCUGGAUUUCCGUAGAUUGGUGCGUUUACAUUUUUUGUUUGCUGCGUUUUAUUUCUUCUCUCUCUCUCUCUGUAGCAUGGCUGCAGUGAAGGUAAAGGUAGCAUGAAUCUCCUGCUGUCAGGCCCAGCUCACAGCAGGUAGAAAGGAGAGGCGGGGG